AUGAAGGUUUUAUACUUUCUAUGCUUAGUGGUAUUUUGCAAAGGAUUUCCUCUUAAUUCAACACCAGAUAAUGUGCAAACAGAUGAAACGGCAUUGUCCUCUGUUGUUACUCAGGAUAAGGUUGAAAGUUCAAAUGCUGCAGACACCGUUGCGGGUUGCAUGAGAGCAAAAGAGAGAACAAUAAUUGCAGAAAAAGUAGAAAUUACUUAUGUUACCCCAAUCCCAAUAGAUGAUUCCCAGGUGACAGAGCUGAAGCUUGACUCAGAAAAUGAACCGCAAAAGCCAAGUGUCGAAGUAGCUGGAAGAUAUGUGUCGGCAGAUAAAAAUGAAUACACUAUGAAAAAAAGGAAAGCAUAG